AUGAGGGACUUUGUAGUAAUAGCUGCCACUCUUUCCCCCUCCCUCGUUCUCCUCCUCCUCCGCUUUGCCGAGCAGAUGGCGGUAGCAUUAUCCACCCAACGCUUCAGAAACGAGGGACAGGACCUUAUGUUUCGAUACGUGUAUCAAGGGAAUGAGAUUUUCAUUGCAAUGGUCGAUCUCACUAUGAUGGUCAAGAACUGUUGUCGGGCAAAGGCUCCAAGGUUACAGAAUUACUUUCUUCAAAACAAUGCACAGUUUGGAAGAUAUGUCAUUCAUGCAAAAAUAGAAAGAAACCAGGACGAAAUAUACACCUGCUCUAUGAAGAUGAUCCCAGCCCGGAUCGCCAUGAACUUUGUGAAGGCUAUAUGCUACUACAACGAUUGCUCAGCCAUCGUUGAUUUGCUUACAGAGUUCUCGCAAGUUCACAAUUGUGCUGUAGAAAGCAACGACUUGCAGACUCCAGGAAAUGAAGAUCAAAGACCUCAGCACGACCAGGACCCUCAGCACAACCAGGACCCUCAGCACAACCAGGACCCUCAGAGACCCGUUGGGCUUCCAGACAAGGAGAGUCAGGCGCCCGAGGAAACGCAAGACGAGGCAGACGAAACCGUCGAGACCAAGCCUGAGUCUGCCCUUGAGAGCAUGUCGAUUGGCGUGAAGGCGUACAAGACCGUGCUCAUGCUGAGGAAGAUGGUCCAGAGCGACGAGAGCAGCUGCUUCCUGACGCCAGAGGACAAGAAGAUCAUCAUGGAGUUCCUUUCGGAUGCUUUCGACAUCAUCCUCGAGGGCAGCCAUCAGAAGAAUGAGAAGAUCUGGAUGCGUGUGAAAAUUCUCAUGCGCCUGCUUGAUUCGAAAGAUUUGGCUGAGGGCGAAGAGAGCCACUUGCUCCGCCUGUCGCCUGAGGAAAGCAAGGCGAUGAAGAAGUACACGACGAAAAUGAUCAAGAUUAUCUGUGGAAGCUUGGAGCAUAUGUAG